CUUCUCGAAGAAUUAUAAAUUUGGGGAGUACCAUUUUGCAAUAUAAUUUGUACGAUUUAUGGUAUAGACUAAAACUAGAAGACAUACAUGUCACAUACUAUAACUGGUUGUUAACUUGUUAAAAAUACUUACGAUAAUACAAUUAGCUCGGGUUCUGAGGAUUAUCUCGGUGAUCACUGCGAUGGACUUCAAUGAUGCAAAAUUUCUAAACGACAUUUAAGAAAGGAAAUGACAUUGAUAUUCAUAGGUUGAAUUGUUGAAAGAUUUAUGGAAGUUGAGUAAAUGGCAAUUUUGAAAACAAUUUGGUACCUAUAGGGAUAUUAUCCAUACAAAACCUUAGUAGCACGUAAAGUAAACCGGGUCGGGUCUAUCGCGGGUCUGGUAUCGGGUACGCAUCCCGUUCCGUUGGAAUUGGAUCGUUGGCCAAUGGCGAUAAAUGCCAAACAAAAGCGCGAAGGAAGAAAAGAAAACGAGUGAGAAGAAGCUGCUCAGCGGCAAUAAUGGCGGAUCCGAGAAAGGCUGGCUUCCUUACUUACGCUUACAUUCUUCUCUACAUAGCUCUCUCCAGCGGCCAGAUCUUCUUCAACAAGUGGGUGUUAUCAUCCAAAGAAAUAAACUUUCCUUAUCCUCUUGGAUUGACUCUGCUCCACAUGGUCUUCUCAUCUGUUUUAUGCUUUGCUCUCACCAAAGUUUUCAAGGUUUUGAAGGUUGAGGAAGGAAUGACAUUAGAAAUAUACACGACCUCAGUCAUUCCCAUUGGUGCGAUGUUUGCAAUGACUCUUUGGCUGGGGAAUACUGCUUACCUCUAUAUUUCGGUGGCAUUUGCUCAGAUGCUGAAGGCUAUCAUGCCAGUAGCUGUUUUUGUUCUCGGAGUAGCCGCAGGACUGGAAGUGAAUAGCUGCAGAAUGUUCCUAAUCAUGUCGGUGAUAAGCUUUGGGGUUCUAGUUGCAUCUUAUGGCGAAAUAAAUAUAAACUGGAUUGGAGUUGUCUACCAAAUGGGCGGAGUUGUUGGAGAGGCCUUGCGGCUUAUAUUCAUGGAAAUUUUCGUGAAGAGGAAGGGCUUGAAGUUGAACCCCAUAUCUGUUAUGUACUACGUCAGUCCUUGCAGUGCCAUUUGCUUAUUCAUCCCAUGGAUCUUUCUAGAGAGACCAAGGAUGGUUGAACAAGGGACAUGGGAAUUCCAGCCUGUUAUCCUGAUGCUCAACUCUCUCUGCACUUUUGCACUCAACCUAUCGGUGUUCCUCGUCAUCUCACAUACGAGCGCACUGACCAUUCGAGUAGCUGGAGUUGUCAAGGAUUGGGUGGUUGUCUUGCUAUCUGCACUCCUUUUCGCUGAUACAAAGCUCACGAUCAUAAACCUUUUUGGCUAUGGCAUUGCUAUUGCAGGUGUUGCAGCAUAUAACAACCAUAAGUUGAAGAAGGAAACCUCUCGGGAUACUUCCAAGGACGCACAAGCACACGAGACAGAGUCCAUUCCACUGACCACUUCGUCAACUUCUGAGAGUUAGAACGAUGAUCAAAACAUGUACGUGAAUACAGUUUUCAGGUAUUU